ACCAUGUUCAUCAAUAUCUAUACCAUUUUCAAUUAACUGAUUUACUCUUUUUGGGGCAAAUGGGAUCUUCAAGACUGUUUCUGAUCUUAUUUUCCUCUGUUUUCCUCACAAAUCUCUGCUCUGCUGCCGAUCUUUUCUUCCUGUCCAGUUGUCCUAGUAGCGAAGGCAACUUCACCGCUAACAGUCCCUAUGGGUCCAACCUCAAUGGUCUCUUUUCCCAGCUCAUUUCCGAUGAGGUUUUCAAUUAUGGGUUCUACAAUAUGUCCGUCGGCCAGAGCCCUGAUCAGCGACUCUGUCCCAACAAUAAGGAAGCAAUCGGGUGGUCGGAAAACUGUACUUUACACUACUCAAGCCAACAACUAUUCGGAGUCAUGGAAACAGAUCCUAAGGCUUCCCCUGUACUAGUUAGUGGCACCAACGCGACGGAUCUUAAUGCUUUCAACCAGGCCUUGAGUUCCUUGUUGAAUAAUUUAAGCAACCGUGCAGCCGCUGGAGGUUCUCUUCGCAAGUAUGCGGCAGAUAACACGACGAGUCCUGAUGUCUUUGGAAAAAUUUACGCCCUGGUGCAGUGCUCUCCGGAUCUGUCACAGGAAGACUGCAGCAAUUGUCUGGCGAAGGCCAUCGACAGGGUUAGCAAUUGCGGAGGGAACACCGGUUGCAGAAUUCAGCAACCCAGUUGUAACUUGAGAUAUGAAACUUACCCAUUUUUUCAAGCUGUAGAUGACAUUCCUCAACCGUCGUCACCUCCGCCUCCAACUGAAGGAAAAGGAAACGACACAACUCGAAGAACAAUCAUCAUUUCCGUGGUUGCUUCAGUUGUUGGUGUUCUGUUGCUUGUCCUCUGUAUUUGGAUCAUUUUAAGACUCAGAAAGCCAAAGGAAACUGUUGAAACUGCAGAUGAAAUGAUUAAGGCGGAGUCUUUGCAAUAUGAUUUUGCCACAGUUAAGGCAGCAACUAAUAACUUCAGUGAUGAAAAUAAGCUUGGACAAGGAGGAUUUGGAGCAGUUUACAGGGGUCGGCUUCCAGAUGGACAACACGUAGCUAUUAAAAGGCUAUCUAGUGGUUCUGGACAGGGCGAUACAGAAUUUAAGAAUGAAGUCCUCUUAGUGGCCAAGCUUCAACAUCGCAAUUUGGUGAGGCUCCUUGGUUUUUGUUUGGAAGGAGAUGAAAGACUUCUCAUCUAUGAAUUUUUACCAAACACAAGCCUUGAUCAUUUCAUAUUUGAUUCAAUCAAGUGCACCCAAUUGGAUUGGGAAAUGCGUUACAAAAUUAUUGGUGGAAUUGCUCGUGGCCUCCUUUAUCUUCAUGAGGACUCUCGUCUUCGUAUCAUUCAUUGUGAUCUCAAAGCUAGUAACAUUUUAUUAGAUGAAGAUAUGAACUCUAAAAUUGCAGAUUUUGGCAUGGCAAGGCUGUUUGUAAGAGACGAAACACAAGGCAAUACCAGUAGAAUUGUGGGAACUUAUGGAUACAUGGCUCCAGAAUAUGCAAUGCAUGGACAGUUUUCAGUAAAAUCAGAUGUUUACAGUUUUGGUGUAUUAUUAUUGGAAAUUGUAAGCAGUCAAAAAAACAAUUGUUUUCGAAAUGGGGAGAAUGUGGAGGACCUAGUAAGCUAUGCCUGGAAAAAUUGGAGGGAAGGGACUGGAAUAAAUCUCAUAGAUCCAACUUUGAAGAAUGGUUCGAGGACUGAAAUGAUGAGAUGCAUUCAUAUUGGGUUGCUAUGCGUUCAAGAAAAUGUUGUUGACCGGCCAACCAUGGCUACUGUUGUUCUCAUGCUUAAUAGCAAUUCAACCACUCUUCCAAUGCCCUCACAGCCUGCAUUUUUUAUGCACAGCAACAUUGAAUCAGACCUAUCAUCCUCAAACGGAUACAAUUCCUGGGUAUCUCAAUCGAAGAACUUAAAGGAAGAAAAUCUCCCCUUGACAAAAAAUGAUGUUUCAAUCACAAAACUAUAUCCUCGAUAGUUUAUUAGAAUCAAAGGUACAAUUGCGAAUAUAUACUAGCACAAAUUCCAUUUGCAUGUUGUUACUCUAGUUUUCUUUCACGUAAGCAAAAAUACUCAAUUUUUGGAAUUCACUGUAUAAUUUGAUUCAUGUCAUUUUUUAUUUUUUUGGAUGAAAAUAAGAAUUCAUUCAAUAAUAAAGAAAUUACAGAGUU